AUAUCUAGAUAAACAUAAUCUUGUAUAGGGAGCUUUCUUCACUUUGUGUUUUACUGGGACACAUCACAUAUGUCUCCUACUUAGUGUUUGAUGUUUUUGGUGCACAUGAAACAUACUGCCUUGUGACCUGGGAAAAGAAAAAAAUGGUAUCCUUAACUUUGUUAUUUUUCUUUUGUAUUCUUUCCACCUUCUCGGCCACAAUAAAAGUACAACCAGCUGGUCCGAAGCUUGACAAUGACAAGUUGUAUCAAUAUUUCUACACAACUGAGGUGCUCAUUGAUAGACCCAGAGGAUCAAUUCAGGACAGUGUUGGCUACAAAAUUUCCUCUGAUGUGGAUGUCAACUUAGUAUGGAGGAAUCCAAGCAACAAAGAUGAUCAGCUCAUCAAAAUUCAAAUGAAAAAUAUUAAAGUUGAAAGUGUAAGUGACCGCCCACAAGGCAAGAAUAUCUUCACGGGUGCUGCAAAAAUACUUGGGGAAAGCGAUUUAUUCAUUCUACAGAGACCAGUCCUUAUACAAUGGAGUCUCGGAAAGGUGAAAAGCUUUUACUCGUACCAGAAUGAGCCCAUCAUCCUAACAAAUAUCAAGAGAGGUCUUGCUAGCCUCUUCCAGAUACAAUUUAACUCUGGUUCUGUCAAUGAGGAUGAUGUUUCUGGCUCCUGUAAAGUUAUCUACAAGACACAACAGAACCAGAUUAACAAAAUCAAGGACCUCGAAAGCUGCAAAAUUAAAAAAACAGGGUUCACAAGUUUCAGCAAGGUCCUGGGAGUUUCUACUAAAGGAACAUCUAGUACAAUUUAUGUUAUUGAGGAUGAUAAUAUUAAAUCAGUUCUGGCAGAAGAAAAUCAUGUCUUGACACUCAAUGCUUACCAAGACAUUGCAGCUAAAAUUGUUUGCAAGCAAAAACUCCAACUGAAAACCGUUAGAUCUGGACCCAAAGAAGCAGCAGGGAAGCAAAUGGCAUCAGUAAUCAAAGGCAUUGACUCAAAGUAUGUGGCUUUUACCCUAGUGGCAGAUCAGCUAAAGUCAGAGUGCAAAAGUUGUCCAACACUGUUACAGGACUGGAAAGCCAUUCGCAAAGAUCUGCUACCCAAAAACCUGUCAAAAAGUGGUGCAGGCCGUAACUUCCUAGCCCUCAUUCAUAGCCUACGUAGAGCAAAUAAAUCUGACAUUCUGAAGCUUCUCAAGUCUGAAGAGAAAGAUGUUCUCCCUCAGCUGGUUGAUGCCGUGACUUUUGCUCAGACACCUGACUCAUUGGAAGCUAUGCUGGAGUAUUUGGACUUCAACAACGGAAGCCAAUUCUUAUUGCAAGAGAGGUUCUUGUAUGCCUGUGGUCUGGCUUCCCAUCCCAAUGAGAUAAUGUUGAGAGCCCUGCUUGACAAAAAUAAAGAAAAAAUUGCAAAUUAUGAAAUUAGGGAAACUGUGGUCAUAAUUGUGGGUGCCCUUAUCAAGAAACUGUGUAAAGAUGGAAAGUGUGACCUACCGUCUGUUGUGGAAGCAAAGAAAAUCAUCUUAGAAGGUUUACAGAAUGCCAAAAAGCCUUCUGAUGUUAAGACAUAUCUUUUGGCCUUGAAAAAUGCCAAUCUGCCGGAAGGAAUUCCAUUGCUGCUAAAAUAUUCGGAGUCCGGGGAGGGGCCUGUCAGCAGCAUUGCUAUCAGUGCUGUCAAGAAAUAUGAUCCAGCAUUCAUCACUGAGGAGGUGAAGAAAACUAUGAACAGAAUCUAUCACCAGAAUGUUAAAAUCCAUGAAAAGACAGCCAGAACAUCUGCUGCAUCUAUAAUAUUGAACAAUAACCCUUCCUACAUGGAGGUUAAAAACCUGCUUCUUUCUAUUGGGGAACUCCCUCUAGAAAUGAAUAAAUAUAUGCUAUCUGUGUUCCAAGACAUUGUUCAGUUCCAGAUGCCUGCCAGUAAACUCGUUCGACAAGUUCUAAAAGAUAUGUGGGUUCAUAACUAUGAUCGUUUUUCUAAGCCUGGAUCUUCUUCUGCUUACUCUGGAUAUGUUAUACACAGACCUGAUUCCUCAGCUACCUAUAGUCUGGACAUCCUGUAUUCUGGAUCUGGCAUCCUAAGAAGAAGUAACAUGGACACCUUUUUUAACUCUAAAAACACACAGCUACACACAAUUCAGGUUGUAAUUGAAGCUCAGGGUCUUGAAUCCUUAAUAGCCGCAACUCCUGAUGAGGGUGAGGAAGACCUGGAAGCCUUUGCUGCAAUGUCAGCCAUCUUGUUUGAUGUCCAGCUUCGGCCUGUUACCUUUUUCCAAGGAUAUAGUGAUUUAAUGUCCAAAAUACUAUCAACAACGGGUGACCCUAUAAGUGUGGUGAAGGGACUCGUGCUUCUGAUGGAUCAUUCAGAGACUAUCCAGCUUCAGUCUGGGCUAAAAGCCAGUGCAGAGUUCCAGGGUGGAUUGGCCAUUGAUAUCUCAGGAGGAAUGGAAUUCAGUCUGUGGUAUAGAGAAUCCAAAACCAGUGUUAAUAAUCGAGGGGCCCUUGUGAUUGUAGGCAAUGUAACUGUUGACUCAGGAUUUGUGAAUGCUGGCAUGGAAACUCGACUUGAGACUGAGUCAUCCUUUGAUUUUCUUACAACUGUGAAGUUUUCAUCGUACCCAUUUCUUGUGUGCAUGCAGAUGGAUAAGGGAACAUUUCCAUUCAGGCGAUACAUUACCAAGUAUGAAAGCUUACCAUCGGGCAAGUCAUAUAUCUCCCGGAAAGGAAAAGUACAAACCGUGGCUGGUUCUGAGCUCCCUUUACAUCAAGAAAACACCAACAUGUGCAGGGAAGUGUUUGGAGAACAAUACAGCUCCUCAGACAGCUGGUUCUGAACAUUCCAUAAUACUUCAUCCAUGACUCCCUCAUGGAUAAUUGUGUCUGUACUGUGUGGGUUUAGUACUUGCAUAAAGUUUACAUAUUUACAUGUAUUUAAACCAUUUACAAAGCGUUCUUCUCUAAAAAGAAGUUGACAACUAAUGCACUAGUAAUGUAUUGAUUUAGUUAUUUUUUAGCUUAUCGGUGCAGGGCCUCCUGCAAUGGUUUGAAAAGCAAGUGUUAUGUAUAUCCACCAGCCACUAGAAACGUUACUUUAUUUUAUUUUUUGGUAUAAGACUUAUGUUUGAAUUAAAGUAACCCUAAAAUGUACACAGUUUUUUACAUUCAGACAGCCCAACUUAUUUACUGAACAGUUUUCUUAACAUUUUAGCUUUUGAAGAUCUAGUGAACAACUGCUUCCCAUACUUGGAAAAAUAUUGGAAAUACAUCUUGCAAAGUGUGUAUAUAACGUUAAGUUCUGUGCUUAUCCAAACCACCAUAAUAGUUUUCAUGUGUCUGUCUAUCUAUACUCUGGGUAAAUAAGUCAACCUUAAAUCUUAGAAUCUCCACUACGAAUGCUCCUUCAUUAUCACCCCUGCUAGUCCUGCAAUGAUGUCUGACCUCUAGUGAGAAUUAGACACUAUGCACACUGUUCACCCCUUAUUGCGACUAGUGACCCCGAUCCCAACCACCCUUCAUUAAGAAAAUUGUUCCAAUGACCCUGUGAAAUGUUUUAAGACAGAUGCCUAUUUUAAAGACUGUUCUGGAUCGAUCUCUUGCAUUGUCAAAAGUUGUUUGAACAGUGAACUUGAAAAUAAACAUGUAUAUGAAAGACG